AGUGAGAGCUUCCCGGCAGAGCUUGCUGCAUUGCAGUCAGGUAAAACUGUCAGCCCUAACAGCCGCUUGCUGUCGCUUUCACCUGAAUUAGACCAUACUGUCGGGUUGAUCAGGGUUGGAGGUCGUCUCCGGAGGGCUGAAAAUCUGAAAGAGGACACUAUCCAUCCUAUAGUUCUUGCACCAGAUCACCCUGUCACAACGCUGUUAGUGCAGGACUAUGAUAACCGUCUGUUACAUGCAGGUCCUGACCGUAUAUUCGCAGAGAUAAGGAGGACCUACUGGAUACUUCGCGGCCGACAGAUUAUCAAGAGACAUCAACGCAGUUGUGUGGAAUGUUGUAAAUGGCGCAGCAAACCAGUCACUCCCCAGAUGGCAGACCUACCAGCUGCACGACUACGCAUCACUAAACCACCAUACUGGUCCACUGGAGUCGACUGCUUCGGCCCUUACACCAUAAAAAUCGGACGGAGGCAUGAGAAAAGGUGGGGUAUUAUCUUUAAAUGUCUGACCACCAGGUGCGUACAUCUGGACCUCUUGUGCAGCAUGAACACGGAUUCAUUCUUGCUUGCCCUUCGGCGCUUUGUUGCAAGAAGAGGAAAACCCUUUGAGAUUCUCUGUGAUCGGGGCACCAACUUCAGAGGAGGAGAGAGGGAACUCAGAGAAGAUUUUGCUGCUAUGGAACCAGUUUUGAAGCAACAGCUCAGUGAACAGAGUAUCGAUUUCAAAUUCAAUCCACCACUUGCUCCACAUUUUGGAGGCACAUGGGAGAGGGAAAUCAAGUCGGUCAAAGCUUCCCUGCGUGUCGUCCUGAAAGACCAAGCCGUCCCAGAAGAAGUGCUGAUGACUAUGCUUGUAGAAGUGGAGGGCAUUCUUAACUCGAAACCUCUUGGUUAUGCAACAUCAGACAUUGCGGACCCUGAUCCCAUUACCCCUAACCUUCUGCUUAUGGGGCGGAAAGACGCAUCCCUACCACAAGCAGUGUACAGCAAGAGUGACCUACUGGGACACCGCCGCUGGAGACACAGCCAAGUGCUUGCCGACCAUUUCUGGGUUCAGUUCACUCGCAAUUACCUACCGAACCUUCAGCUCCGUCAAAAGUGGCGCAUCGGUACCCCAGAUCUCACAGUAGAUCGAGUGGUCAUGGUGAUUGACCCACAGCUACCAAGGGCUCUGUGGCCAGUUGGGCGGGUAACUAAAGUAAUCCCCAGCGAUGAUGGCAAGAUACGCACAGCUGAGGUCGACAUAAAAGGAGCUAAAUACAUUCGCCCCGUGACGAAGCUCGUCACUCUUCCAAAAUUGCCAGAGGACUGAAGGGGUGUAUAUUAUCCAGCAGGGACAUUUGUGUUCUGCAAAUUCACUUAGUGAAUUUGGGGGCGGCUGUGCAAAUUCCCUGCUGACUCAGCCUCAGGAUGGUUAGAGGCAAGAAUCAAGCGCACCCAAAUGAGCGCAUCAUUGAUCAUGUGCGCAUCAUGCAGAGGGAGAGUGGGAGUAAGAGACGAGAGGCGCAGCGACGGAGCAUGGGAGUUGUAACGCAGUUUGUGUGAUUCCGUAUGCGUUAAUGUAUCUAAAACCAUGCUUAUAAUCACCUAUACUGCAUCUGCUACAGUUAUAAGUUCAUAUCUGGCUGCAGCACAGUUGGAUUUAUCCUGGCAAGCCCUGCUGUAACCAGUUCUUCUGUGAAGCUUAAUUAAAGACAGUGAACUAAACUCUUGGACUGCUGCAGUCUUUCUGACCGAAGACUUAGGCCAGACUUGUAUACCCAGCAC